AAAUGAUACGGCUAACUCUAAGUUAGUUGAUGGCAUAUUGGUUGAGGAAGAGGGUGGAUCCGAAACAUUAGGCUCGGAGGAUACAGCUUCUUAUGCUAGCUACAAAGAGGAUUUGGGUGAAUCUGAAAAAGAACAAGAAGUGAAGAAACCGUGGGUAAACUUGUUUCAAGAUAACCGUUCUCUUUCGCAUGGAAUGAAGUUGGACUACAUUCCUCCCAAGGGUGAAGUGGUGGACUUCUCUAAUCGUAAGCUUCCUACCCUUAUGGAAAUCUGGGGUCCUUGCUUAGUUGGCUGCUUUACUGGAAGGUUCCCGGGUAUGAAGGCAGUACAUGCUCUUAUUAACAAAUGGGGUGUGAGGUGUAAGGCUAAAUCCCAUGACAGGGGGUGGGUGAUUUUUCACUUCCAAAGUGAGGAUGAUCGAACCAAGGUCAUUUCCGAAGGGCCAUACUCUUCAUAUGGCAAGGCUUUAUUUCUUAAAAUGCUAUCUGAGGAUUUUGAGUUUGAUGGUGAAGAAUUUCUGAAGGUUCCAACUUGGAUUAAAUUCCCCGGUUUAUCGGUCACUCUUUGGAACAAGCCGGAAAUCAGUGAACUGGCAUCAAGGGUGGGCGUCCCCAUCAUUGCGGACCAAAUCACUCAAAACAAGGCUAGGGCGCAAUUUGCACGUGUGCUUGUGGAGGUUGACUCUUCUAAACCUCCGGUUCUUGAGAUUCCUAUGAUACAACCAUCGGGUAAAAGGAGGAAGCAGUUUGUGGUAUUUGAAACCUACCCAAAUUACUGUUAUGAAUGCAAAAAGUUUGGCCAUAACCCAUUUGUGUGUAAGGUUCUGCAUCCGGAAAAAAAGGGGAAUGGUGACAAACACAUUGUAAUUGCUAAGGAAAUGGAGAAUCCGAAGAAGGAUGAGGCUGCCAAGAAUAAAACUGUAGCCAUUGUGGAACCGGAGGAACCACCUUUCAAGCUUGUGGUGCCAAGGAAGUGGACUGUCAAACACAAGGAGGUUAAGGCAUCUUCGUCAAACACACAAGCUGCCAAGGAACCGAAGACUGCAAAAAAGAAAAACAAGGAACCUGCAACUUCUACUGGAGCGGAACCCUCGGCCAAGGCAGCCCCUAUCUCACCUUUUUCAGCUGCAGUUCCCAAUGCCACCAAACUGAAGGAAAUAGAACCAGCCAAGGCAGAUUCUACACCAAGGGAGAUGGAGAAGGAAACUGUUCUGCAACCGGCCAACCCGACGGACAUAGAGACUGCAGAAACUUCAUCCAGGACAAGCAAGCCAAAGGAACCUACAUAUCCUUUCAUCCUUAAAAUUGACCGGGAAACCAGGGAGUUUGUGGAUGGGAUACAAGUUCCGGACAAGGAUAUUGGAGGCAAUAUAGUGAGAAGCAUAUAUGAAAUGGAUGACGAAGAUGUGGUGACUAAAUGGGAGCUUGAUGAAAAGGGAAAAAGGACCGUUUAUGUCAUGAAGAGGGCCGAUCUUCCUCUUAGUCACUUUGAAUGUAGAGUUGGUCCGAAUUUCAAAGCGGUGUAUGGAAAGGAGAAUCCAGGGAUGAGCUUCACGUUUCAAUGCCUAAAGACACUGCCAGGAGCCAAGCGGCAUUUUAACUGGUUUAAAUUCGAACCCUCUAUCUUUAUUCCUAAUGUUGUUUCUUUCUUUGAUGAAAAUAGCAAUGAAAACAAGACGUAUUAUAAGGAGAUGUUGAGGCGAAAGGCGAGAGAAGAAAAGAAGAAGUUGGCAGGAUCGGAGGAUUGCCAAACCUCCAAUUUGGAUGGUCACGGAUGAUUAAAGCCAUUGUGUGGAAUGUGAGAGGUAUUCACUUCAAGAUGGCGAAUGACUUAAAAUGUAAGGCUGAAAAAGAGUUCCAAGCGGACGCUAAUUCAUUUAAAAAAAUGAUACCAUGUGUGACUUCUUUUGCAAUGGAGAAACAAAUGCAAGGAUUAUAUAAACUAGUCUUGAAGAAUGCUGAAGUAUAGAGUGUUGGGAAAAUGUGUCCAUUUUGAACUUGUGAAUUUUUGAACAUGUAUUUUUUUCAUUUUACAGUUGGGAAAAUGUGUUGAAUAUUGUACUAUGUUACAUGUUCAAUGUUGAACAAUGGGAUUCAGUUUUUUGAACAUGUGUAAGUUUUUGCAAACAUUACAUGUACAAUCAUCCACUUAUGUAUGUUGACCUUUUGUUUGUC